AUGAAUGCUAGAGAACAUAGACAAAAGCGAAAACAAUGGAAAGAAAAUAGUAAAGUAUAUAGGAAUAAAAAAGCUAUAGCACACCGAAAUUUACAAAGAAUACUUGAUGAUACACCCCCACUAAGUCCAAUAUCAGUUGUGCAGCAAAUUAGAGAAGAUGUAGCUGCUCGAAAUAGACGACAGAUGCGAAAGCGACGAGCUAUUUUGUAUGCAAAGAUUGUAACUUUGGAAAAAAGAAUGAAGAAUGCGGUGAAGUUAAGCGAAAAAUACAAGAAGAGGUAUUUGAGACUGAAAACACAAAAAACUGAUUCAGAAGCGCCUGCAACUAAAGUAAAUGCGCUCCUAAAGAAUGUAAUGUAUGAACCCGGGCACGGUAAGGGAGCGCCUGACGGUGUCGGUGGAACCCUGAAACGGACAGCUGAUAAAGUCGUGGCAGAAGGCCACGAUAUCGUAGACCUGAAUUCAUUGAAACCUAUCCUUCAAUCCAGGUGUCCUUCUAUUUUAUUGUUUGAAGUUACCACAGCAGAUAUUUCACUGAUGGAUAAUCUCAUAAAACAGUCCAGGACUAUUCCUACUUUCCGGGGAACACAAAAAAUACGCCAAUUCGUAUUUUUUAACAACACCUUACAGUGCAGAAGACUUUCAUGCAUAGAUUGCGAAGAAGAUUGUACCCACUAUCAUUUGGGAUAUUUUCAACAACACCAAAGUAAUCGAUUUACUAAGAGGCGUAACAAAUCGCCGCAAAAGUCAAUGGAAUUGGAUAUAAUGAACGAUAAUCACCAACUGUCUUUAGCGUCGUGUUCACGCAUUCAAGGUCAUACUGGAUUGUUUAAGGAAAAUGAUACAAUUGAUUUAGAAAAUGUGGGAUCUACUGUUGGCUCAGAUAGUGAUAAGAUUGCUACCAUUGGAGAUUAUGUCCUGAUGAAAUGGGGUACGGCAAAGUAUCCCGGGGAAGUUUUAUCUGUUUUUGAAGAUGGUUUAAUGGUUAGGUGCAUGAAGGUUUGA